UUGUCGCCUUCACUUGUUUUCUCUUCCACUGCAAACAAGGGAUAAUAAAAAUCAUCUCUUUUUCUUUCUUUCCUCUUUCUCUUUAUUUUUUUCUCUUUUCUCUCGUCAUUCAUAAGGAAUUAUUCCUCUGAACUCAAUUAGCAGACAGCCAUGGAAGCAGAGUUACAAGACUGGGAGUUAUUACAACACACUUCAGAAGACGAUGAUGAUUAUGAUGUUGUUGUUGCAGCUCCUGCUCCUGCUGCUGAUGAUGACGAUGAUGAAUUUUCAGAAUUUGAUGAGUCUGAAAGUGGUAUAAGAUCUGAUUACUUUUCUUUAGAUUCUAACUAUAACAACAGAGGCUAUGCUAACCCUGAAGUAGUUUGUACAGCUCAAGAAGAAAACGAAUUUGUUGAUGAUGAUCAGGGUUCAGUUCAAUCUGAUAACCCUAGUUGGCUUGACCCUUCUUCUCAAGGUAUUACCUUUGAAACUAAAGGUGCUGGUGCUGAAUUCUGGUCAGAUUCUGCUAGUGAUGGGUCAUCUGUUUCUAGGAAAUUUGAGGGUUUUGAAUGUAAACAUGAUGAGUUAGGGUUUGUAGAUGAUGGUAAGAGUGAAGUUGGGUUUCAUGGAAAUGAUGAAAAAAUCAUGGGUUCAGCUGAAUCAAGUGGUGAAACUGAAAUUCCUGCCAAAUUCGAGUCUGGUGAUAGUGGAAAUGAAAAUAAGUUGGGGGUUUCUACUGAAGCUGAUGGUGGUGAAGGAAGAAGAGGUGAAUUGGGUUCUGCUGAUGGAAUUGGAAGUUUAUCUGCUCAAGUGGUGAAUUCAGGUGAAGGUGGUGGUGAUCAUAGAGGAGGAAAUGUUUGGUGGAAACUUCCAUUGGAGCUUUUAAAAUUCUGUGUAUUUAGGGUAAGUCCUGUUUGGUCUGUUUCAAUUGCUGCAGCUGUGGUGGGAUUUGUGAUACUCAAGAGGAGAUUGUUUAAGAUGAAGCAUAAGACACAGAGGAUUGCUCUUAACGUUACCCUCGAAGAUAAGAAGGUAUCACAGUUCAUGGCUCGUGCUGCACGUCUCAAUGAAGCAUUCUCAGUAGUGAAACACGUCCCCAUGAUUCGUCCUUCUGUGCCAGCUGCCGGUUUGACUCCAUGGCCUGUGAUGAGUUUGAGAUGAAAGUAUGUCUCAUGUGCCUGACCAACAAAAUCAGGGAAAGAGAAGGAGCGAGAAAUAGAGAUGUCUGAACUCAAAGGUCAGUCGGAAUAUAUUUCCAUAUAGCUUUUUCCUUUGUAUAAAUCUGCGACUUUUCUUUCUAGUAUUGUCUAUCGCUCGAUAGUGGAUACUUAAAUGUGUGAAGUUGGUAAAAAUAUCUUGUAUGUUAUCUGAAAGUUGUACUAAGUAUGUGUAUCUCUCAUUUGCUAAUUGCUGUCAAUUAUGUUUUAGAACUUUGGUGCAGCAAUAUUUAAAUUUAAUCAAAUUUUCAGAAUUUGUUAUA